AACACAGCAUCUAGCUCAGAGAUGACAUCUGAAGAAACAUUAUCAAAUUGAACUCAUUGCCGGGAAUACUACAGGAUCUCAUGACACAACUGUUAAUGUUUGUCAAGAUGUAUCCCUUCAACAGAAGCAACACCAUUAUCAGAAGGUUCUCGGGUAGUUUAAAAAAAAAAAAAUCUACCUUCUCUGUUCUGCAGGGGUAACUGCAGCAGAACUUUGAGUCCAGCAACGUAAUCUACAGUUAACUAAUCCACUGCCCUCCUGAGGAUGCAAGCCCUAGUACGCAAAGACCGCUCAAGGACCACAAUAAAGAAAUGUCAAGGGCACUGCAGGUUAUUCCAUUGCUGUUCUGAGAGUGAGGGAGAAAAGAGCACAGGGCUCCAAGAGAGGUAAUACGAAGAAAAAAUGAAGGGAAAAACGAGAGAGACGAAUGCGGGGGAACACAGGGAGGGCGAGCUACGAAGCCAGGAAGCUGCAGCGCACACGCGGGGGCCAGCCAGGCGCCAGGCAGAGCCGGCAGCGCGGCUUCUCAUCCGCUUCCUUGAAAGCGCCACCCGCGCGUCCCGUGGAGCGACGUGCACACGCGCGGGCGGCCCUGCGUGGCGCGCCGUCCCUAGCGCCCGGGUGCGCGGCGCCGCUCUCGACCUGCGCUCCGCCCGCGCGGCGUCGGGCUGCCCGGCCGGGGGCGUGCCGUGCCUACGUGUGUGAACGUGUCAGAAGCGGGCACUGGGGAGCGGCUUCGGGAGGCGGGCGGGGGCUCCUCAGGCCCGCGCGGGCCCGGGACUGGCGGAGGCAGGGGCACCGCGCGCCACCCCGCGGACUCGCUGUGACCCCGCCGCCUCCCGGGCGCCCCUCGGCUCGGGCACUUCACGCCGGGUCGCCGCCCGGGCCCCGCGCAGGGGUGCGGCCCACGGCGCAGUCGCGCCGCUGGGUGGGAGGGAGGAGCAAGGAGACACUCGGCCCGGGCCGCGCCGCCUCAGAGCGCGGAGCUCGCUGUGGCAAAACUUUGAAAAGAGAAGGACUCCGAUUACCUGAGCGGCGCGGGCGCGGGCUGGUCUGCGGUACGGCUGCCGGGCCGGGCCGGGUUUUCAGCAGCCGUAAAGCGAGAGAAGCGGGCGCGAACCGCGGCGCGAACCCUCGCCCCCGAGCGGCGGCCCGGGCGCCCCCGCCGCGAGCGUCAGCUUGGCACGGAACGGGCCGGGCUGAGUCACGAUCAAAGACGCGUUUGCCGAGCCCGGCGGGAAGACGGGCCGCGAGCAGCCGUGUUCAGUGGCAGAAGCCUCAAAAAUUGGGAAGGAUUUUUUUUUUUAAUGGGCAAAACUAGAAACUUGCCCCAUUGUACUCCACCAAAAAAGAUGUUUCUUUGUAAUUUGCAUAUAUUUUAUACCUAAUCUUUAUAUCUAAUAAAAUUUUUAAAAGCAAUUUUAAAGUGCAUUGCUUGCAGUCAAAUUCUUGGGUGUAGCUUCAUGACUUACGCAAGUUACUUGAAUUCUGUGCUUUUGUGUUUCAUCCAUGACACAGAAUAAUAAACAUCCCUGGAGACAGAGACUGCGAGAGACCUUGGCAGCCUCCCCACGCCUACCACUCGCUAAACGUGUAUUGUUUUAAAAGAGAAGGGAGAAGAUAAGAGAUGAACAGUUUUGAAGGGAAGACAAUACAAACGUGAAGCAAGUUUUGUUUUUCUUUUUUCAAGUGGAGUAAAUUAGACAAAUUACCAAUGGAAGAGAAGAACGUAGAGGCUGGAAGGAAUUUAUGAGGCUAAGAGAAGGAGCUGAAGUGAGAGAAGGAAGAAGGGAAGGAGGAAAGAAGAGAGAAACAGGGGAGAAUAAAAGCCUCCAAGGAACAAACCAGGCUGCGAGAUGGGGCUGAAAGGAGGGAGGAAGGAAGAGAAGGAGAGAUAACACCAAGGAAGGAAGGAUAAAACUGGGCUCUGUGGGAAGAGGGGAGGAAGGAAGGAAAGAGAAAUUCAGCUAGGCCCAGUGGCCAAAAUGCUGAGGUGUGUCCUGCAGGGAGGGGGUGGAGGAAUAUGUUUACUCACUGUUUAGAAAUGCAUGACAAACUCCAUCCGCUGAGGGAGAUUUGUAAAAUACAUAAACAGAUAAACAACUGUCUAAAAAUGAGCCCCAAAUGAGGAGCCUUUGCUCCAGUGAAUGAGAUUUGGCAGUUCUGCAAAAUGAGGAAAUUCUUCCUUGUGCGGCUUCUUAAGGGGUUGAGUCAUGAAACCCACAGCAAAUGUCGGUGGGCUGGAUUCCUGAAAGGCAUGCCAGAUGGAUGCAUUCUGGUUCGUUUUACUGUGUGAUGUUCCCUUCUGUACAUCUGUCGGUUUUAGAAGAAAGGAGUGUGAAUAAAGAUUUGAGAAGUAAACUUAAAAAUAAAAGCCAAACUAGUUAUUUAAUGUAUGAGUAUCCACCCACCAUGAGCUUACAGUUACAGAUUCCAAAACAAGUAACCAUUUCUCCCACUUUUCAUUUCCCUCCCCUUGGUUUCUACGUUCACUGUAUUUCUUUUUAUCUACUUUUAUAAUAUUAUUUUUAAAGUGGAACUGCCUAGAGGAAAGGUGCUUUUAAUUAAUACGAAAGAGUGGAAAGAAUUUCAGCUAGGCCUCUCUAAGAAAGUAAAGCUUUUUGAAAGAAAGGGCUUUUAGCUGAAGUUUUAAUGACAAAGAGUUGGCAGAUGUGAAAUCAGAAGUUUUUUUAGACAAGCAAGAGAGUGAAAGAGAAUGGACUAGAAAUCAGAAGCAGUUCUAUUCCUUAAUUACCAUAAGAACCAAAGACUAGAGGAAAGUUUUUCCUACCCUGUAAAGAAAAAUGGGGGCUUCUCUCCACCAGCCAGAACUACCAAAAAGAGGAAAAAAUAAAAAUUAAAAAGCUCGAUCAGAUUCUUGUAAUGAUUUGCCUUUUCUUAGGAGGUCUUCUUCAGAUAAAAGACACGAAGGUGCUCCUUUCAGCACCAUCUGAAGCAAUACUUUUGUAGAAGCAAAAUUUCUGAAGGGAUAAUUUUUGGUCGAGCAAAAACCAUUAAGUAAGAUAAAAAUCCCUUUCCCUUUGUUUCAAUUUUGCUAAGCCUUCAGGCUGAGGCAAACAGAUCAUCAUUAAACCUUUAUUAAUGUGAAACCCAAAAAAGAUAAAAUCUUAAAUGCUGGGAAGCCCUUACCUAAAAGGAGCAAGAAAACAAACCAAGGCCCAGAAAAUAGAGAAAGAGAUUAGGAAGCUUUUCUAAGGGGCACCUUUGAACUGCUGGCUGUAAAAUGAAUGUCUGUGACUUGCCUUAAACAAAUAGGCAAUACAAACUAAAGCUGGGAACUAAAAAGAUCUGGUCAGAUCAGAUAAAAAGCUUACCUUGUGUGAAACACUGUGGUCAAAGAAGAAAAUUCCAUUCAUCUUAAGUGGAGACAAAAACGUGUUAUCACUUGUUUUGUGUGUGCUCAUGAGACAUCUCAAUCACCCGAAUCCCCUUGGGUGCAAUUUUUUGUUGGACUCGGAUUUUGUAAACUGAACCUGGACUUGGGUUUUGAUCAUAUGAAUUUAUCCAAAGGAGCACAGAGGAGAGACCGCAGGAGUUGGUGCUGUGACCUCUCAACACAGAACACAGCUGGCUACAGCUGAUCCCUCUAAGAGAAUGCACGACCAGCUCUGAGAAUGAAAUUACUGAUAAAGGCCAGACUAUAAGGUGGAAAAGAGACUUGAGAAUUUCUCUCUCCCUGCUGUGUCAAUAUACCAAAUGAACCGGGAAAAAAUAUUAAAUGUGCGUGGUUGGUUUCCAAGCGGUCCUGCAGCUCACGUAACUUCCCCUGUACUACUGCAGCAUAUAAGGCUUCUCUAGUACCAAGCUCUUGCAACACUUGUAAUUUCUCUAGUGCUGGGCUCCUUCAGUGUGCAUUGGCCAUCAUCACCCAGUGUCAGCAGCUCCCUGCAAAGCCUCUCAUGGGGGAGUUUGUGGACUCAGACUGAUAAACCAUUUGCACGAGAGAACUACACACCAUUUGAAAAACAGCUUUUUUGCAAGGUGCCCUGGCUCACUCCUGUAAUCCUGGCAACUUGGAAGGCUGAGGCAGCAGGAUUACUUGGGGCCAGGAGGUGAAGACCAGCCUUAGGCAACCUCAUCAGGAAUCUGUUGUAAAAUCGAAGUGUAAUGUUAAGUUUUGGGCUCAAUUAAGUCCAUAGAGCUUAAGUAAGCUGCAGUAAAGAUGGCUUAGACCUCCAUGUCACCUAAAAAUGUUGCAUUAACAAGGCUCCCUCAGCCUCAUGGGAGGCGUUCUCCAUUACCAGCUAACAGAGAAAGAAAUUUGAGUUUGAUCCAUGGAUAGAUUGUCGUGAUACGUGGUUACAGGUGGAAAAGGAACUGCUAUGUUACUAUAUCCCUUACUUGGGAAUGUCCCUGGCAGACAGUUGUGAGGGAAAUCCCUUAGGCAGAGUAUCUAUUAGUUCAUCUAGUCAUUCAUUUGUAUAGUAAGAAAAGUAGUCCAAAGUAAGGAUGUACAUGAACUCUUAGGCAAUGGUUAAUGGUUUAGCUUUCUGGUGAGAAGUCUGGAAGGAGUAAGAUUGGAAGACUGGGAUCAAGUGGGACUGGGAAAGAAGCAUGUAUUUAGACUUAUGGGAGUAGGCACAUGGUGUGAGCAUUUUUGUAUUGCAUGCCAACUUUCCCAACCCACUUUUGUGCCAUUUCUCAUUACAGCUACCAAAUCAUCUGUACUGCAAAAUCUCUUACAUUUUUCACUAGACUGAUAAUAUAAAAGUGAUAUUAACAUGUUUUUCCACACCCAUGUUAUUGCAAUAAUCUGGCGGUAGAUCCAGACUUGAUUAGAUUCAGCUUUGUAAUUUUUUUUGGCAGUAACAUACCAUAAGGAGGUGAUAUAAUCUGAACUUCCUAUUGCAUCUCACCAGGAAGAAUAUAAUAUAUUGUCUUAUUUUUAUUUAGGUUAAGAUGAUUCAACUGUUGUCAUCUAUCCAUUAAAAUUUCUUUCCCAUCAAUCUUCCAUCUAAUAGUUUUAGCAUUUAGUAUUUACUUAAGGAUUGCAAAGUGGCGAUGUUUUAAUUCUAAUAUUACUGCUGAGUUUGCUAGUUGUUAUUCUUUUCUAAAGAGGGCAUUCCGUACCUUUUUGUGGUAUUCUGAAAUAUAGUCUGAACAGGAAAGGCAGAAUAAACGUUAUCUUUUCUUCUUUUAUUAUCAUAAUAAUGAGUCCUUGUCUUAGUAGUCAUCCAUGCUAACGUGUGAAUUUCCUUUUGAAUAUCGUUAUGAAGUUAAGAAGUUUGUUUAUGAAUAUCAUGACAACAUAUAUCUAUAUCUGUAUAUCUAUAUGGAGAUAUAUAUUUUGAUCUAUUGUUGUCAUCUUUUUAUUAAACUAUUUGUUCCAUGUUUGGCAAAUGAUGCUAGAAAAUAAAUUUUUUUUUAGAAAUAAAUACAUUAAAAAUCUUAA